AUGGACGUGCUAGUGGUGGAUGACAGCGCCCUGAACCGGUUGGUGCUGCGGCGCCUGGUCCAUGCGGCAGGUGGCAGCAGCGUGGUCGAGGCCAGCUGCGGGCAGAGCGCUUAUGCGGCCUGCAAGGCCUCCUCCUUUCCCCUGGUGCUCAUGGACCUCAACAUGCCCGUCAUGGACGGCUGGCAGGCCACCGAGCACAUCCGCCUGCUGGAGCGCGCGCGCGGGCUGCGCCCUGGCCGUGGCGCCGCCUUCAUCGUGGCGGUCACCAGCGAGGACGUGUCCCACGGCUCGCCCGCCCUCCAGAAGUGCUGGCAGUGCGGCAUGGAUGCCGUCAUGGGCAAGUCGGUGACCUUGGACAACGUGGCAGAGCUGCUGCGGCUGGCCUGCACGGCGGCAGCAGGCUGCCCCCGGGACGAGGGGCAGGCGCCGGCGCGGCGCAGCAGCCUCGACUGCGAGCCCGCCUGCCUGCCCGGCCGCCUGCAGCAGAUGCUGGAUGGCGGCGUCUUCGUCCAGUAG